CUCUGCUGCAGCUUCAAUGGCGGAUUCUUCUCAUGGACCUGCCAGCUUCUGGACUCAAGCCGAUGCUCUCCUUAGAAAGAAUUUAACCUACCAGAAAAGAAACAUCAAGACGAAUAUUCGGUUAAUUUCAUUUCCAUUUAUCCUGUGUCUGCUGCUUGUUCUCAUCCAAGCCUUGGUCAACAAUGAAUUGGAUAAGCCUAAGAAUAAAUGUGGCUGUAGAACUUUCGAUCAAAAUGGAGAUGGUCGAGAGGAGAAAGUUUGUGGAUUGGAGUACUCGGAUUUGGAUCAAGGGUCCUAUUGUGCCAUUGAUAGCCCUCCAGAAUGGCCUCCAUUGUUGCAAGUCCCGGCUCAAGUAUAUCGUGCAGUGGCAUCCGAUGUUAUGCCAUUCGCGGACUUGCCAAAUGAGUCGUGCAGAAGGACUGGUUCAUGUCCUGUUACUCUUCUCUUCACUGGGAAUAAUCACACUCUUGGAGAUAUUAUGGUUGAGAAUAUGUUCACAAGUUCUGCUAAUUCUUCUGAUGUCUUGGUUGGAAUCGCCCGCAACGUCUCUGGCUCACAUUCUAUGCCUGAGUAUACCAAUUUCCUUGAUCCUGCUUUCUACUCGGGCCUUCCCCUCUAUAACUUGCAACGUCAGUGCACACAGAACUCUACAUAUUCUGUUUCUGUUCCAGUAAUGACCUUUGAAAGGCAACAAGAGAUUAUAUGUGUCGAAGGUGUGCCUUUGUGGCGCAAUAGUUCUGCGGAUGUAAACAAUGAGCUGUAUAAAGGUUACAGAAAGGGAAAUACAGAGAGGAAGAUCAACGAGAUACUUGCAGCGUACGACUUCUUGAACACAAAUGCAAAUAAUUUCAACGUGAGCGUAUGGUACAAUUCAACAUUUAAGAAUGAUACGGGCAAUCAGGCUAUUGCUCUGCUAAGAGUCCCACGCUCUGUGAAUCUGGCAUCCAAUGCCUACCUACAAUUCUUGAAAGGGCCUGGCACGAAAAUUCAGUUUGAUUUUGUCAAAGAGAUGCCCAAAGCUCAAAGCUCACUCAAACUUGACUUCUCUUCUCUUCUUGGUACACUGUUCUUUACAUGGGUCGUCAUACAACUAUUUCCGGUUGUGUUGACAUCAUUGGUUUAUGAGAAACAGCAGAGAUUGAGAAUCAUGAUGAAAAUGCACGGGCUUGGUGAUGGACCUUAUUGGUUGAUUUCAUAUGCUUACUUUUUAGUCGUCUCUAUGAUCUACAUGUUGUGUUUCGUAAUAUUUGGCUCGGUAGUAGGGUUGAAAUUCUUCACACUGAAUGACUACAGCAUCCAAUUUGUUUUCUACUUCAUCUAUAUCAAUUUGCAAAUUUCACUCGCUUUUCUAGCGGCAGCGAUGUUUUUUAAUGUGAAGACUGCCACAGUUGUAGGAUACAUAUGUGUCUUUGGAACUGGGCUCUUAGGAGGCUUCCUUUUUCAGUUUUUUGUUGAAGAUACAUCAUUUCCAAGAGCCUGGAUUAUUGUUAUGGAGCUAUAUCCUGGCUUCGCUCUGUAUAGAGGGUUAUAUGAAUUUGCGCAGUAUUCCUAUAAUGGAAAUUACUUGGGGACGGAUGGUAUGCGGUGGAAAAAUUUAAGUGACGGCGAAAAUGGAAUGAAAGACGUCUUCAUCAUAAUGGUUGUAGAGUGGUUAUUGGUGCUUUUUGUUGCAUAUUAUGUAGACAAAAUAGCAUCAUCAGGAAAGAGACCUCUAUUUUUCUUGCAAAGCCUCAGGAAGAAGAAGGGAUCAUCUUUCAAGGUGCCUAGUUUGCGAAAGCAGGGAUCUCUUAAAGUCACUGUUGAGAUGGACAAACUUGAUGUAGUCCAAGAGCGUGAGAAAGUUGAACAAAUAAUACUUGAACAAGAUAAACAAAAUGCCAUAGUCUGUGACAACCUCAGGAAGGUGUAUCCGGGACGGGACGGGAAUCCUGACAAGCUUGCUGUAAAAGGGUUAUCUCUUGCUUUGCCCCGCGGAGAGUGUUUUGGUAUGCUUGGCCCCAAUGGUGCAGGCAAGACCUCUUUUAUUAAUAUGAUGAUCGGUCUCACAAAACCAAGCUCUGGCACAGCAUAUGUUCAGGAUCUGGAUAUACAAACUCAUAUGGAAGAAAUAUAUACCAGCAUGGGCGUAUGUCCACAGCAUGACCUGCUUUGGGAAACCCUUACAGGAAGGGAACAUCUAUUAUUCUAUGGCAGACUUAAGAAUCUCAAAGGUUCCUCCUUAACACAAGCAGUGGAAGAAUCUCUAAAGAGUGUCAACCUAUUCAAUGGAGGAGUUGCAGACAAACAAGCUGGGAAGUAUAGUGGAGGCAUGAAGAGGAGGCUUAGCGUUGCGAUUUCUCUCAUAGGGGAUCCCAAAGUUGUUUACAUGGAUGAGCCUAGUACUGGGCUUGAUCCAGCUUCAAGAAACAGUCUCUGGAAUGUCAUGAAGAAAGCAAAGAAAGAACGCGCAAUCAUCCUUACAACACAUUCCAUGGAAGAGGCAGAGGUCCUAUGUGAUCGAUUAGGAAUUUUUGUGGAUGGAGGCUUGCAGUGCAUAGGAAAUCCAAAAGAGCUGAAGGCAAGAUAUGGAGGAUCCUAUGUCUUUACAAUGACAACAUCUUCAACUCAUGAACAAGAGGUUGAGACCCUUGUGAGGCGGCUCUCCCCGAACGCGAGCAAGAUAUACCAUUUGUCUGGAACCCAGAAGUUCGAGUUGCCGAAGCACGAGGUGAGAAUCGCGGAUGUGUUCCAAUCUGUUCAGACUGCAAAGAGCCGAUUCACGGUUUUCGCAUGGGGUUUAGCUGACACAACAUUGGAGGAUGUCUUCAUCAAGGUUGCUCGUGGGGCUCAAGCUUUCAAUGUAUUAUCAUAAUCUUCAUGCGUAUUUUGCAUCCUUUACUCAGUUUUCCUCCUGGAAAUAUUCGUUUAUUUAGUAGUUUAAACUGAGAAUUCUGAAUUCUUUUACGGUAUUGUAUAUCUUCCAUUUUUUUUUUGUUUAAUUUUCUUAGCGACCUCAAAGUACAUGUUUGUAUAAUAUUCUUGUUUAAUGAAUAAUAUUAAAGUAUUUUUAAUGCA